AUGACUACACGCUGGCGCUUUCCUCUCUUUCACAAGUUGGUACCCUCGUGCGACCCCUUCUGCCCACCUCCCGGCACCUAUUGGUACAGCUCUUCGAACUCACCCUAUUCUGGUCGGCAGAAAACUGAGUGUGCUCAGGCGGUGAUGCGCUCCUGGAGGUUCAGGAGGUCCACCGACGUGUGCCAGUUCGACUGGGCUCCACCGUCUGGUGAGCAUGGCUACAUGUCGGUCGGUCGGUCGGUCGGUCGGCCUAGUUCCGAAUCGAUCGGGGCGCAGAACCGCCCUGAGAACGAC